AUGGGUCUGGGCCUCAGUUUAUGCAAGUCGCUUUCCUUUGAGAAAGGCCGCACAGAAGAAUGGGACCAACGGCAGCGGCUGGGCAGGCCCAUGAGCUCCUUGGGCUCCCAGCUCUACAGGGCAGCAUUCCUGGGCGCCCUCCUGCUGCUGCUGCGAGUCAAGGGGGUGAAGACCCAGAGAGGGAGCUCAGGCCUAGAUGAGAGGAGUCAGAAAGAGAAGACACCCUCUACAGACCAAGAUCGAGAACAGUUCGAAGAGCACUUCAUGGCCUCCUCAGUGGGCGAGACGUGGCAGGUGGUGGACAUGGCCCAGCAGGAGGACGACAAGACCUCAGAGGUGGCGGCGAUCCGUGACCACCUGUUCGACCUUGCCUUCUGCUUUAACCUGGCCAGCAUCAUGGUUUUUUUAUGAGGGACAUUGAGGCGGAGGUGGUGGCCUGGUUCCUGGAUGAGGACCUGGACAUCUACCUCCGCUUUAUGA